AUGUCGCUGAGGGUGACCCUGCCCGGCCCAGCCCCGUGGGGCUUCCGCAUCUCGGGGGGAAGAGAUUUCAGGAAGCCAAUCACAGUCUCCAAGGUGACAGAGCAUGGGAAAGCAGCUGCAGGUGACCUCCGGCCAGGGGAUGUCAUUGUCACCAUCAAUGGGGAGAGCACGGCCGAGAUGCUCAACGUGGAGGCACAGAACAAGAUCAAGCAGAGCCCUGGGCAGCUCCAGCUGGAGGUGGAGAGCACCAAUGGGGACACCUCGCUGGACAGGUUGGCCACACGUUUCCAGGUGAGCCUCUGCACACCCCAGACCUACACCCAGGGCUGGUGGCAGCUGCUGGUCUCACCCUCUCCUCCCCAGGACACGCUGUGGACACGAGAUGAGAGUCAGAGUGGCCUGAGAGCCCCUGACCCCAGUCUGGCAUCCAUCACCCACCUGCCUGGCAGCACCGCCUGGCAGCACCAGCCCCUGGAGGAGGAGCUCACCUGUCCCAGCCUCUGCCAG